CAGGAACCUAGUGGACUCAACUAAAAAUAAACAUACCUAGUGGACCAAUAUGCAAACUGCACCCCUAAAGCUGUAUUCUCCCACCCGACGGCCGACGCGAUGGCCGCCGCCGCCGCCGGAGAGACUCCGCCGCUGCAGGCGAACUACGUCUUCGGGAGGGCAUGGCCGGAUCUCAACGAAGGACUCUCCUACACCGAUACGUUCUGCGGCGCUGAUGCGGAAACCACCGCCUCCUUGAUCAACUUCUACUCCGAGAACUACAAGAGCUCGGCGCCAUUGCCAGGGUGGAUUCAUAGGAUUCGCAAUGGACAGGUAGCAUACGCAGCAACCAGUAGUUAAUUAGUCAUGCUGUUUGUGUGUGUGUGUGUGUGUGGAUAAACUAAAUCAUGCUGUUUGCAAUCAGUCGUUUUUUGUUGUUAUGAAUUGCUAGCUGUUAGGUUUAUGAAUCCUUCAUGCGGAUGCUUUUUCUCUUUGCCGUUUUGAGCUUCAAAUGCAUGCAUAAGAAAAUUUAUGUGGUAUCCUGUAGCUAAUUAGCAGUAUGUUUCUGCGAGUAUUUGACAAAAAACUACCACAUUAGGGGUUGCCGUCCCACAGAACUACCACAUUCAAAAAAGUGACUGAUAACUACCAAAAAUUUCUAAUUUCGUGACUAAAAACUACCAUUUUUAAAAAAUGGUCAGUUUAGAUGAUUUAAACACGUUUAUGGCAUGCGGGACCCACCCGUCAGGGCUGACGUGGUGGCAAAGUCAACUCUGUUUAUUUUGACCGUUACGUUGACCGUUAUUACAAGUGGGGCCCACCUGUCAGCAUCACUCUUCUUUUUCCUCCUCUCUCUCUCUCUCUUUGGCAUUUCCUCGAACACCUCGUGUGCACUCGCAAGGCACCUCCGCCGUCCUCAACCGCCGGCGCUCACCUCUCCCCAUGCCUCGAUCCCGUCUGGAUCGGGAGAGCCCGAGCUGCCCAACCACUCCGGCGACCGCCUCUCCCCCUCGCAUCACUUCGGCGAGGUCACCUCUGCCGGUGACCACCGCCACCGGCACGCACAAACCAACCUAGCUAGUACUCGCACGAACCUACAACGCACGCGCACGCUCAAGCAUUGGCCACUAAAUUCUUGUUCAAAGAAUUAAACGGCAACGCACGCGCACGCUCAAGCAUCGGCCUUGGUCCGAGCUACCACAUGAGCUCCUGGGGCUCUUCGUUGCCUACCUCCCGUCCUCCGUGCAGUUGCAGCCAGCGCGCGAGGCCACGGCGCCGGAUGCCGCCAAGCUCGCGCGCCUCGUCGAGGAGCUGCAAGAGCAAGAGUCCCGCCUGCGCACCGAGUUGCUCAAGCACAAAAUCCUCAAGGAGACCAUCAUCGAGGAGCUGCGUCGGGUGGUGGCGCCGACGGCCUCGGAGGAAAUUCCGUAAGCUUCGGCGGCCGCUUCCACAGCUCCAGCCGCCUUGGUUGCGCCGCCGUUCC